AUGAAAUUUUUAAUUUGUUUGAUUUCAAUUUUUGGAAUAUUUAUUAAUGUUUCAAAUUCAUUAAAUUGUUUUGUAUGUGAUUCAAAAGAGGAUGAACAUUGUCCUGAAACAUGGACACGUAAAGAUAGACUACCUAUCGAAUGUGGUGGACCUGAUGGAGUACAAGACGCUCGAUUUUGUAUUAAGACAAUUGCUGUUUUUGGAGGUUUGAUUCGUUUUUUUUUGUAA